CAAUCGUCCAUUUUUCUUUCAGUUCAAUCCACUGGAAUCUUUGUCAGUUCAACUGAUUUUGUACCUUUGGUCUUGACGCUUUUAUCGUAACAGGAAAACUUUUUGAUUUUUUUUUGUUCUCAUUUUGAUAGUUUUAAUCUUUUCACAAUAAUGAUGCGUGUAAUUUUAUUAGCGUGUUUGAUUGUCACACAAGUUUCAUGUUACCCACGACAUGAGGACGACGAAGCCAGAGUUUUAUCUGAGGUCUGGGAAGCCAUGGAUAAGCAUCGAGGUGAUGAUAUCAUUGUAAUUCCUCGACACGAUGGACCUGGAAGUGGACCUGAACAUCAUGAUAGUAGUGAUCAUGGUUCAAGUGAUCAUCAUGAUUCAUCAAGCAGCCAUGAUGGACCAUCAAGUCACGAAGACUCCUCAAGCCGAGGUGAAUCAAGUGACCGAUCAGAAUCAGAGCGAAAAUCAAGUGAAACUGAAUCUACAAGUGAAUCUUCAGGAAAAUCUGAAUCUUCCGAUGUUUCUGCCUCCGAAUCUUCAUCAUCUUCUUCUGAAUCAUCUGAGCGUUCAUCAGAUAAUUCACCAAGACGUGGUCGAUCUCAUGAGGAAUCAGAAAGUUCAUAUGAUCAAAUUUGGAAUAAAUUCAAUCGAAUCGGUGACAUGAUGAACCGAGCAGUUGAAAGACUUCGAAAAGACGAUCGAGAAAUCGAGGAAUUAGAAAAUGGAUCAUCCUCAUCAAGUGGACUUACAGUUUUCAUCUUUGAAAUCGUCGGUGCAGUUGUGGUUGGCCUAAUUCUCGUCGGACUUUUGAUCUUUGGUUUCGUCAAAGGACUCAAGGGAUUCAAGGUUUGGAAAGCAAGACGACAAUCGGAGAGACUAGUUGACCAAGAAGCUCCCAACAUGGAUGGAACUGGUUACCAAAGUGGUUACAAUCCGUGAAUUGAAUCAGUUGAUUUCAUUAUCGAUGAGAUGACAAUUUAUCAUAAUCGUAACAUCAUUAGCUGCCAACAUAGUCUCAUUUCAGCAAAAUUCAUUCAUUUCUAUGAACAUGAGUAUUGUAACAACAAUCAUAAUUUGCUAACUUAAAAAAACCAUCACUUUACAAUUAAAAUGUCUGCUUAUGGAUAAAUUUCAACUAA